AAAAAGUCGCGUGCAUCUCGGUCGCUGGAAUUUCAUGCCAUUUUCCGGGGAAAAUCCGGCUCGAACCAGGUAAACAAUGUGCAUUGAGACAGCGGAAAAGGCAGCUCCAGUGAGAAACAGUGAAAGCAGUACGAAAACUAGCAUGGAUCGCUCGGAAAAGGACGACAAUGGGUUGCGAAUCCGUCGCAUAGCGGGUGGCUGCAUGAUCAGCCAUGCUCCGCUGUUUUCAGCGGAUGGCAACACAAUCUACGUCGUUUGGGAUAAUACGAUCCGGGCAUUCAGUGUCAUUACUGGUGAGUGUGUGCGGGAUUACGAAGGAGCCGACGACAACAUCGUCGGAGUAUUCAUCAACCGGAACAAUCCGAAGUUCCUGUACGGAUGUACCCGCAGUGGACAGAUUCUCGGUUGGAAGGCCGAUUCCGGAGUGCUGCAAGAGUGCAAGCAAAUACUUCUGAACACCCGGUUCCCGGUUGACCACUUUAGCAUUAUGUACGACGAGAACGACGUAGUAACUUAUCUGAUAACUGGGGGAUCGACCAAAACCAUCGCUAUGAUCUUUUGCCCUUCGAAGUGGAAAGUUCUGCAGACGCUACCGUUGAAGUUUGACAAACCAGUGUCGCAAAUAAAACUGGCCCCCGGAGGAGAUAAGCUGAACUAUUUUGCGAUGAUAACGGACGACCUGUGGCACUGGGUCACGAUCAAGCCCUGCAUCCGGGUGUUCACCAAAAAGCACUGCAACGGCGUUCAGACGCGCGUGGUGACGUGUCAUCCGACGGAGGACAUCGUUGCCAUUGGCGAUGUCAUCGGGAGAGUGGUUCUAUACAAGAAUUUCCUCGCCACGAAGAAACCCGUUCCGGAGAUGUACCAUUGGCAUCCAAAUCCGGUGCAGUGUGUGGUGUUCUCGCAAACGGGGACACACUUCUAUUCGGGUGGCUUGGAACGGGUGCUGGUCAAGUGGACGGUGGGAAAACAGGGGACCAAGGACAUUCUACCGCGACUAUCGGAUUCGGUUGUACAGGUCGCAGUGGCUCCAGAGAAUCUGAGGGUGGCCUUGUGCACCGGGGACAAUGGGAUUCAGAUUCUGAACGCCCUGCAAAAGCAAACGGCGGUGGUGCAGAGUUUUUCGCGGAUUUCCGAUGACUAUACCGGGCGGAAUCCGUACCCGAUCGGGAUCCGGGUCAAUCCCCGGACCCAGGCGAUGAUCCUGAACGGAAGAAUCGGAUGCAUUCAAUUCUUUUCGACUUACACUAGGAGUUUGCUGUACACGUUGGACAUCACUCUGCGGAACUACAACACGCUGGAACAGAAAAAGGUCAUCUACAACACGGUGGUCACGAACGUGGCAGUUAACGCCUUCUGGCUGGCGACGGUCGAGAACUGGAACGACAACUGCUACUCAUCGGAAACCCGGCUCAAGUUGUGGAGAUACGACGAAUCCCGCCAGAACUACUCGCUCAACACGAACGUCGAGAACGUGCACAUCAACGGAGUCAACGGGCUGGAGUUCUCCAGCAGUUCCAAAGAACGGGACGUCCUCUGUGCCACAGCCGGCAAUGAUCGGUGCGUCAAGGUGUGGUCCCUGGAAGAGAUCGAAAUGACUGGUGGUGGUGAGAAGCUGGUCUGGAUUUGCGUCGGUCGCGUGGACUAUAAAAAUUUGCCCGCCCGCUCGAUAUCCUUCUCCCAGGAUGGAUCGCUUCUGGCCGGAGGAUUCGGAAAUGUCCUCUGUGCUUGGAACGCGGAAACCCUCCGCCUCAAAUGCGUCCUUUCCGCUCCGGCUGGUUACGACGGUGGUGCUUCUCGGAUAGUUCUGUCAGUCCCCACCAAAAAGAACUCCGUGGACAAAAGCGAUUACCUCGGCAAGAAGUCCAAGAUCGUCCAGCAACUGCUGGAGGUUCUGGAAUCAAGAGACGCUUCCAGCCUCUUCAAAAACGUCACACCGUCCAAGAAGAAACGAUUCCUGGAGAAUCAAACCAAACCAAACCCAAAUUUGUCCGAGAGUGAAAAGAAGCUCAUAUUCAAGCGUGUUCAGCUCCAAAACGAGCUGACACUGCUGCAGAAAGCUGAACUAUUCCACCGGCUACGCAUCCAGUGCCGAACAGCCGGUCAGAUGAAGGAGAAGAUUGCCGACAAGCUCGCCAAAGCCAAGCAAGUCUCAACAGAAACCGAAAUCCGGCUCCAAAAGGCGAUCGACAACAUCUGCUCCAACGCUAAAUUCCGCUGCAAGCGGAAGCUCCGUCAGUACCAAUGCCGGAACGAACCAACCCUAAGUCUGUCACACUUCACCAGUGUCUUCGAUUCCGAGAGGGACUACAACUCUCGCAAAGUACCACAGAAGCAACUCCAAAACCGUCAACCACUGAAAUCCACUGCACAAAUCCGGCACGUUCUGUUUUGCUACGGCGAACACUCCCAUCUGGUUGUAAUGUGCACCGACAACCGGUUGCUCGUUUGGAACCUACUGACGCUCCGGAUGCAAGUGACCGUCAACCUAAGCGUCGACCGUAUUGUGAUCGAUUCGUUCACCAAUCUGAUCGCUGUUUUUACCACCGAUAACGAAUUGUACAUAUUUCUCCCGAACAUUCCGAUGCCGCUGUACCAGCGGAAGAAUCUACCCACGGUGUUCGGAGCGGCUUGGAUUCCCCGAAGGUUCCCCAAAUCGCAAUCUUUGAAUGUGGACUGGCAAGCCGUUUCGCACUUGUAUUUCCUAAAUGAUAAUCAGGAACUACUGCAUUUGGUAUCGGAUAGCGACGAGGAGUCACUUGGCCCGGUGGUCUAUAUGAAUGAUGUGGUCGGAAGUGGACUGCCGAAUACGCCGUUCGCAGCGAUGCUGGCCAAGCAGCAAACCGGAAGUGGAAUUCAAAUGGGUGCGGCGAAUGACGCCGGACGGAUUGGAGUGGCUGGGAAGAGCAGCGUCAAUGAGAUCGUCGCAUCCUCCGCCCACACGAUGGCCCCGAUCAGUCUGCUGUGCAAGGAUUUCCUCCGAUCGAUGCUGAUAGUGGCGGAGAGAAAACGUGACCGUGGGUCAUCCGUAAGCGAGCAGACGAGUGCGGCGCCUAGAACAUCCAACGAUGCCAGUGAUGAAUCCGAUGACGAAACGGACGAAAGCUCGAAAGUUAAGGCAAAGAUAAGUGCCCGCAAAGCGGUGUUGGAAUCGGUCGAAAAAGCACACCUGAAGACCGUCAGUACUAGCGACAAACUCGAUCGAGAUACCAAGCUGAGACAGUUGGCGGAAGGUUCGGUGGACAUUGAGUUUUAAUUGGAUUGGAUUGGAGUGUCAUAAUUGUAAGUACCUAAAU